AUGGGCUCUAUGCAAAUUAACCACUAUCCCGCCAUCAUUGUCGGCUGUGGGCCCUGCGGCCUCACGACGGCGAUCAACAUCGCCAAGGCAGGAAUCAAGACACUCAUCCUCGAGCGCUGGGAGACCGUCGAUAAAUCACCCCGCGCGGCCGCCUAUCAGCCAUGUGCACAAGCCGAGCUUCUCGAAACCGGCACGUUGGACGACGUGCGCGCCCACUCGGUCAUCAACGACGUUAUCACUUUCUGGAGCGGUGGCAAGCGUGUGGCCUACGUCGAGAAGCGAGAGGGCGGCAAGAUAUUCCCAGCUGCCAUCAACUGCCCGCAGCCGAAACUGGCCGAGAUCUUGCUCGAGCAUCUCAUGAGCAAGUACGAAGCCGAGGUGCGCUUCAGUCAGCGGGUCAUCGGAGUAGAGCAGGAAGGAGAUCUUGUCAGGGUCACGGCGGAGGACCCCAAGACGGGCGAGGUCAGCGUUUAUACGGCAGACUGGGUGGUAGGUGCGGAUGGGGCAGGUAGCGCCGUAAGGAAGCUGAGUGGCAUCGAAUUCGAGGGCUUCAGUUGGCCCAAAGAGGAUUUCGUCGCAACAAACCUACGUGGGUACCCCUUCUACGAGGAAGGUUUCACCGCCGCCAACCUGGUACUGCAUCCGGAGCAUUGGGCGGUGGUGACGAUCCUCGACAAGACGGGCCUGUGGCGCUGUGCGUUCGGGGUGAGAACUGGACUAACGAACGAGGACAUCCGCAAGGAGGUGAACGAGCACUACAAGCAUAUCUUUCCGAAUUGGGAGAAGCACGGCGCGUGCUAUGAGCUGGUGGAGCUGAACAAAUACAAGCCGCAUCAGAGGUGUGCCAGCACAUUCAGGAAGGGGAAGGUGUUUCUGGCUGGCGAUGCAGCGCACAGCAACAAUCCCGUUGGCGGUCUCGGACUGACAACUGGGUUGCUGGACGCGGGACCGUUGGGCAGGGGAUUGGCCGCGGUCAUUAGUGGAAAGGCACCCGAGUCCAUUAUGGACAAGUGGGCGGAGGCCAGAAGAGAGAAGUGGUUGACCUACACGAAUGCGUUUAGUAUUGAGAACAAAAGGGUCAUUCAGCAGGGAGGGUACCAGAAAUCUUCAGAUGAUCCGCUAGGCGUCUGGGAGAUGGACGAAGUGGCAAAGGAGCACAAGAUGGAACACUGGAUUGAGGAGGCCAGAAAGGUCACAAGAGAUGCAGAUGAAGCAAUGUAUAAAGCGAUGGAGGACCCGGCUGCCCAGCUGGCUAGUAGGAUGAAGCAGUGGGAUAUCACGAUAGACCCACUGUGGAUGGCCGAGUAUGAGGAUCCGGAACUGGUGAAGCUGAGGAUGAGUUUGAGACCGGCAGGCUAUCAGGUCCCUCUUGAAGCCUGA